ACCACACACACAGUCUCACUCAGGAAAACGAACCAUCUCAAAAACAAUCCGACGAGCGAAAGAUGAAGUCCUUAGCUUCGCCGCCGUGUCUCCGCCUAAUACCGACGGCACACCGUCAGCUCAAUUCGCGUCAAUCUUCCUCCGCCUGUUAUAUUCACGGUGGCGCUUCUGCAAACAAAUCCAAUAACCUCUCAUUCUCCUCAUCCGCAUCCGGGUUUGCGUCACCGCUCGUUGUAGAGAAGGAACUACGCUCUUCAUUCGUACAGACCGCUGCUGUUCGCCAUGUUACUGGGUCUCUUAUCAGAGGCGAAGGUCUUAGAUUUGCCAUCGUUGUAGCUCGUUUCAAUGAAGUUGUGACUAAGUUGCUUUUGGAAGGAGCGAUUGAGACUUUCAAGAAGUAUUCAGUCAGAGAAGAAGACAUCGAAGUUAUUUGGGUUCCUGGCAGCUUUGAGAUAGGAGUUGUUGCACAAAACCUUGGGAAAUCAGGAAAAUUUCAUGCCGUUUUAUGCAUUGGCGCUGUGAUAAGAGGAGAUACCACACAUUAUGAUGCUGUUGCCAACUCUGCUGCAUCCGGAGUACUUUCUGCUGGCAUAAAUUCAGGGGUUCCAUGCAUAUUUGGUGUACUGACUUGCGAGGACAUGGAUCAGGCUUUGAAUCGAUCUGGUGGCAAAGCCGGCAAUAAGGGAGCUGAAACUGCUUUGACAGCGCUUGAAAUGGCGUCUCUGUUUGAGCACCACCUGAACUAGCUCUGCUGGUUACGUGGAUGAACAAUGAUCACGUAUGAGAACUACAUGCUGUCAAGAUAUUUUAACGCUUUACUAAGCUUUUGGUCUUUCUUUUGGUAAUCUAAUAAUAAUUCCUCUGAAUUUUGCAUUUUUUCUGCUCCAAUAAAAAAGUGUGAUCUUCUUUGUCGUGAAUCAUAAUACUAUGUUGAAGUUGUGGUGUCCGAAUGGGAUUUCAACUUUAAAUA